GCUACGGAACGUACACAUAAAACACGCUAUUGGAUACCUAAUUUUGGAUUACGUGAAUGAACAGUGUACUUACAUGGAAAAGCUGACCACAAUGAAGACGUCAUCUCGGGCCAAGUGAACGGAUCGGGUCGACCUAAGUUAAAACAUCGGACAACAACUGAACACUGGUCAUCCAACUGACGACUAGGAGCACAAGUCGCGUUCUGAGGGUCACAAACGCGCCAUACACAGACUAGCUUGUUGUGUAUGCCCGCUAUCACAACCGUAUCAAUGAGAGGUAAUAUGGACGGUCAAGAACACAUACAUGGGGUGCCGGCAGAAAUCAAGCAAGAGCCCCCGAGUGCGCUAGAUCAAACUACUAUACAAAGUGACAUAUACAAUGGGAUAACAAACGGACAUGCAGACGAUGAAGCGGAUGAAGGGCCACUGGACUUUUCUAUGAAAAAAAGGCACCAGGAAGAAGAAAUUGAAGAUAUAGCAUGUAAUAUUAAAAAAGAACCUCAGGAAAAUGGCAUCUCAGGGGAAGAAAACUGCGCUUCAGUCUACAGUACGGACUCGGAGUAUCACUCAGUUCUGGGUCAACCUCAAACGGCGCUCCCGGGGACCGUUCCAGUGACGGGCUAUCCGGCGUUCCACGGGUUUCCAGGGAGAUUCCCUGUGAAUGGGUUUCCACCAAAUAUGAUGCUGCCUGGAUCACCUUUGUGUGUGCCAGACGCAGUUAUAGAAGGGUCAAAGUCGUCCAGACCGUUCAAGUCAUACCCCAAGGAUCCGCUCUCUCUACCUCUGGGCUACUAUGGCAUCCCGGGCAUGAACGGGGCACCUCCAGGAUUGGAAGGUAUCACGGCUACCUCUGAAGAAUUAUUUAGACUUUACCGGAAUAGCGUAUUACAGCGUAAAAUAGAUGACGAAGAUGAUCAUGAAUCGGGAGACAAACCACCCCCCUCCUCCCCCACGUCCUCCAUCUCAUCCACUUCAUCAUCUCCCCACCUUCCCAUUAAUGCUACUCACAAUAACCGCAAGAAACCUCGGACACUCCCUGAGGGACAGAAAGACCAGGCGUACUGGGAGAGACGUAGGAAGAACAAUGAGGCAGCCAAGCGGUCAAGGGACGCAAGAAGAGCCAAAGAGGACGAGAUUGCGAUCAGGGCAGCAUUUCUCGAGCAAGAAAACCUCAAAUUAAGAGUAGAGGUUGCCUCGUUAAAAAAUGAGACUGCAAAACUCCGAUGCAUGUUGUAUAACAGCUAGACAUUUAUCGAGAGAAGACGCCCAGUCUUUACAGUGCUACAGCUCAGGAAUAUAGAUAUUCCCAUUCCUACAUCAGGUACGCUGCGAUUGACUCCAUGACACGGUCAUGUUCAGAGGGGGUGACUUCAGGGACGUAAACCAUAAAUACCUCACUGUAUACACUAACAUUCUCUUUUAGGACCAGAAUCAAAAAUGAAUCUUUACAGAUGUCAUACAACUGUGAAUUUAUUCAGGACGUCUUCUACUAGUUAAUUGGGUAGGUGUAAUAUUUAGUAUUUUAAUUUUUUUCUUUAUGUGUACAUUAUUAGUGUUAUGUCUUUUUUACAGUUAUUUAACAGUUACCCCGGUUUUAAAAAGUGGGUCAUAUUUUUUUAAUUCAGUUGUCUGUUGUUUAAGUAUAGAAUUAGUAUAUUUUACGCACUGCUUUUUUAAAACUAAUUUCAAGCCAGUACAAAAUAUAAGCCACAAAGUAAAAAUAUAUUUACACACCCAAACAUAAGUUGUGUCUUUGUGUUUAUCAAGUUUAAGCCAAUAGAACAUGUAGGUUAAGGUGUGUAAUAUUUUUACCCAGCCAAAUAUGUAGAUAUAUAUCCGUUUUAAUAGGUUUAGACCAGUAGGACAUGCAAGUUCUAGACUGCAAAUAUGUAGAUGUGCAUUUGUGCAAUGGGGUUUCCUCGUCUGAUUUCUGAAUUUAAAAUAUUACGGUUUAUUUUUACCUUUUUUCUUGAGUAUUUUACAAGGAGUUUCAAAACAUUGAUAAUGCAAUGGAACACUGAACAUUUAAAAACAGUCGUGAGAUUUCUUUUACGAAUUUAUUUUAAAUUUUUUUCGUGUUAUUCAGAGAACGAGUAAUGUGAAGAAAAGGUAAUUUCCGUUUUGCUUCAAAUAACAAUUGUUUUCUUCACAUAUACCAGAAUGUUACAUAAACAUUGUCUUGGAAAAAAAUAAAUAAAACCGUGACCUUAAUUCAACAAUAAUUAAAACACAAGUAAAUAUUAUACCUAAAUUUCAAUAUUAACCAAAUGUCAUAAUUAUUAUGAAAUGUCUUCUUAAUAUUCCAGGCCAAAAACUAAAAAAAAAUUCCACCGGUCACUUUGAACCCUCUACAUUUUUUCUAUCAUUUAAAUAAAUCUAUAAAAAGCAGUAAAAAAGAAUCCCAGUGAAUUCUAUUCCAAACUGAGCACAACGUCAGUCCAUGUGCAUCAAUUAAGAAAAAAAAAGAUGUUACCUAAGUGUCUAUGGCAACAUCUAACUCACCGAGGCCAGUAAAUGUGUGUGUGUGUGUAUGUUUGCGUGGUGAAAUUAUUAUUAUGGACAUGUUGGCAAAACGGCCCUCUGAAACCUCAAAUGACCUGAAUAUAUAUACCCAGUGGAGGCAAGCACUGAACCAGGCGUCACGAUCAAUGUAUGGUCCCUGUUGCCGAGCCUAUAUGAAUAGGGCUAGUUCAUAUACGGUCGGGUCAACACCAGGUAAAUAAUAUGCUUGGUGUCAAACAUGGUUGAAUUGAGAUUACUCACUGUCAACCGAUAUGGUCCUGGACGUGUUCUUUCUCGCUCUGUAUUUUUAUGUUUUACGCACUUACACCGCAUACACAAACAUACAUUAACCCACACAUCCGCCAAUAAACCCACUACCUCACUACUGUGCUAAAUAGUUGACCAGCUAGCCAAUGCUUGACGUGUUGGUAUACACCAAUAUAAAGCUUUUGAGAGAGAAGGUCAUUUGGGGUCAGUUCUCAUAAUGCAAAUAGCCAGGGAACGUUGUGUCAAUAUGAUUGUACACCAAGUUGAGUGUAACCUCAGGACUCUGGCGCUUUCCAGUAUGGCGCCAUGAAGGGAGACAUAAGCGCACUACCUUGUUGUUGGUGGUUGGAGGGGGUCCUUUUAAACACAUUCGAACAGUAUCGCUCUGAGGCACAGCGGAUAACAGAACUACCUCGUGUUAAUCUCCUUUGUGCUCAGGUUUUUGUUUAUAAGUUGACAGGCAUAGUGGGCGGAUUUUUCUGGUAUCAAAAUUAAGUUUAUCUUAUGAUUGAUAACCAUACCAUGAUUGAAAUGACCCAUAUUUUAAUGACUUCAUUGGCUGAAAUUGAGAUCACACGCAAGGACUUAAAGUGGCAAAUGCCGGUAAUGAUUCAACAUGGGAAACGUGUUUGAAUUUAGUGCUCUGAAUGAAUUAAUGAGAUAACGUUCAUAUAGGGCAACAUAUGUAAAGUAGCGAGGAUAAAGUGAAAAUCAGUUUCGAUGAGUAUUUUUGGCCAAAAAAUCGCCCACGCAUGUCUUUCAAUGUAAUGGAAAUAUACAUGUAUAUAUUUUUUGGGAUUUCCAGCGGUUAUGAUGUUUUAUGUUGAAUAUGAAAUAUACAUGUACAUGCCUGCUGCUCUAAAUCACAUUUAAAUUCAUACAUUUUCGACUUGCCUUCUUCUCUUUAUAGUUGUUGUUUUUAAUAUUUGUUUUUAAAACAUCAUUUUAGAUUACAGUAAUAAUAUUAAUUUGUCUGAAAUGAGACAGUUCUGUAUAGUAUUCUGUAUAACCAACCAUUUCUAAUGUUUUGAACCUCCUUGCUUGACAGAAAAUCAGUUUUAUUUUCGAAAGACUUGGAAACACACUAUGAUGACAUUUCUCGUCAAAGUCAUCAAAGAGCAGUUUCAGCGAACAAAACUGAAAACUGAAUCUUUUAUCACUGCAUUUAUUGCAAAUCAAAUAAGAUAUAAGAAGUGUUGAUGAGGAAGGGAGUUGGGGUACCACAGAUUUACUAGCCCUUGUUAUCACUACGGAGCAUACGGGUUGUAAUGUACAGAAUUUGACAUGAUAUUGAAGAAAAUGUUUCUCAUCUGAAAACAUUUAGUCUGUUUUGUUUCUGUUUGUUCUUAGAAACACAAGUUCUCAAUGUGCAGGGAUGUUUACUUGAGCUUUCCAAAAGUAAGAUUAUUUUCCAAAAUUAAGGUUUUAAACAUAUGUACACAAAACAUGAUGCCAUUUUUGUUUGGAACAUUAAUAAUCAAAAUGUCCGUUAAUAUUCAAAAACACGUUCUGUUUGUUUUAGACGUGAUCUGCAGUUGAUUAACAGAUUUUUUCGUGAAGACAGUGCCAUAUUUUUGUAAAUAAUUUAAUAUAUUUGUGACUCAAUGCGUGUGGUGUAUUGGUAGAUUUUAGGACCAGGGUCCAAGUACGUGCAGAUUGAUUUCACACAAAGAUUUCGACAUGGUCAGGUUUCAUCUUUUUAUUAUUUGCUUUCACUGCAUUGUUAUUUUUCUGUAGGUAAUAUGGAAACUUAGUACCGUAUGACAACCUUGGCGUUACGUGUUACUUAUACGAAAAUUAUAUAGAAGGCAUAUGUACACAAUUAUAAUAAUUAUUUUUCGUUAAUGCAGAUGGAGCCAUUAGUUGGGCAAGCUGUUAAGAUAUUUCACUCUGUUGUAAGACUGUGCAGAUUUGUUAUCUUUAGUAAUUGCAGGUGUCUUUAAAGUAAUAAACAAAACUUUUCAGGGAUUUUCAGAAAAAAUGUUCUAGUACGUGUAAAAAACGCCACCUUAACUUCUAUUAUUAUAUUAUGUGUAUAAAACAGAUUUCAGCUUCGUAAUAUUGGUUUUCAUUUUCGGUUUCACGUGUCGAGUUACACAUUCGCUUUACUGUGUGCGGGUUGUGGCGUUGCUCUUUUUUCAAAUUUGCACGAAUUCUUUAUGUAGGCUGAAAUGGGGGAAAGCUCAAUAAACAGAUGUGGUUUAACUGUCGAGUUUCCCGUGUGUUAUACAUAUAUUAAAAUGCUCGUUUGGUUAUGAAAGAUCAUGGUUCAAUACGGAUGCGUUUGUUUAUCUUAGCGGAAGAUACAUAUACCGGGUGGUGGCAAUUUAUUUUCCAUCAUUUGCUUUCGAAUCAACAUGAUUAUUUAUAAAUAUUAAGUUUGUGUUGAAUUCGAUGAAA